AUGAGUGGCAUGGCGGAAAUUCUCAUCGAGAUCGUGGAGCCCGAGGACCUUCGGAAGGACGGCGAUUUGAAAAUGAUCUGCGCGAUCUACGACGACGCUGUCGAGAAGAUGGACCACGAGAGGCUCGACAACGUCCUCCUCCAGGAGUGGGAGAAGGCAUCCUGGCGCCAAGGUCAACCCAUGAUGGCUUGGAUAACCGAUCUUCGUAAUAACAGGAUUGGGCUGCAGCUCCAGGCCCCAGCCUCUGCGAUCUCGGAGACGGCCUUGGCGAGCAGCAAGUCCUUUUCCGUACGAGCUCUUUACGCGUUGACCGGCCGGUCAAUUGGCUACGACAAACAGAGAGUGGCAACGGUGUGA